UGGUGGCGGUAACGCGUCCAGUAGCUGCUUCUCCAACCGCCAGAAAACACUGGAGAAGAAAAAGCCGCUGCUCGUCUGAGCCGCUUUAGCCCCUCGAGUUAUAAAAAUAAAAACGCGUUUUUGUGUCUGGCUCUGAGGAUUUAAAACCCUUUAGCCCCUCGAGUUAUAAAAAUAAAAACACAUUAUUGUGUCUGGCUCUGAGGAUUUAAAACCCUUUAGCCCCUCGAGUUAUAAAAAUAAAAACGCGUUAUUGUGUCUGGCUCUGAGGAUUUAAAACCCUGAGCUGUGUGAGGACAUGAAAACGGAGACAUCCAUGGAUGGAGAGACCUCAGAAGCCUGUGUGAAGAAAGAGGAGACGCUGGAGCUGAAUAUCGACAGCUAUGGAGACGAUCUCGACAACCCACCUGAAGGUCUCUCUGUUAAAGUGGAAGAUCCUGACGAUAAAGACUAUCUCUACUGUGAAGUUUGCAAAUCCUUCUUCCUCAACAAAUGCGAGGUUCAUGGACCACCCCUCUUCAUCCCCGAUACUCCUGUUCCCAUGGGAGUCCCUGACCGAGCCAGACAAACACUUCCUCCUGGGCUAGAAAUCCAGAAGUCCAGUAUUCCUGAUGCAGGCCUAGGAGUGUUUAAUAAGGGGGAGACUGUUCCAGUAGGUGCACACUUCGGCCCCUGCCAGGGAGAGCUGGUGAACCGAGAGGAAGCCAAGAACAGUGGAGACUCCUCGGUUAUGAUAUGUGGAGUAGUGGUGUAAAUCGCAAGUUUGAGCACAAUGCGGUCCGACAUCGGUUCUUUUAGCCAGUGUGGUGGAACUUGCCUGUUAAUAAAAAAAAUACUAGUAACACCUCAGUGCUCAAGUUGUCUGUGUCUAUGCGUCAGCCCUGUGAUGACCUGGUGACUUGUCCAGGGUGUACCCCGCCUUUUGCCCGUAGUCAGCUGGGAUAGGCUCCAGCUUGCCUGCGACCCUGUAGAACAGGAUAAAGCGGCUAGAGAUGAUGAGAUGAGACAGUAUAUACCCGGUGUGCUGUGAGACAAAGUGAAGUGUG